AUGGCCGGAUGCCAUAUGAGAUUUCCCCAAAAUGUCUUUGGGGAGCGGUUUCUAAAGUGCUCCCAAGAGGAGCUACAAGAGAAACUGCCAUCUAUGGUAAGUGUCCAGAUGGGUUGGUCCUCAGUAAAACUCAUCUCAGUCAUGGUGAUGGCUGGUAACAAGUCCGACGGUAGUCCAUGCCUCUCAAUAAGUAGACGAGUGUCUCCUUGGAGAAGCUGGGCUACCGUCAAGCGAGGCCAAGAAGAUGUGAAAGUGGUAAAACAGGCCAAUGGUGUGUCCUCUAGCCAAGUGUCGUACCAGGCACUGAUCUCGCCUCGCCCCACUCGCCAACGAAUAAGAGGCACCAUCUCCAACCAAUGUCGCUGCCAGUCUGCCCAUCAUUUGACUCCUUUGAUGUCAGCCGGCUGUCGAGCCCACUCACCAUAUUUGGCUGACACAAAAGUACCUAGCACCGAUGGUGUGGUCCUCAUCCUCCAAAUGAGUUUCUUUUGAAGCAUGUGAAGUACAUCUUGAGGGCGCCUAAUACCUAGGCCACCCUCAUCCGUAGGUCGACAUGCUUUCUCCCAAGAAACUCGGCGUUGACGACGAGGUCCCUCAAGUUGUCCAUCCCAAAGGAAGGACAUACAUAUCCGUCUAAUAGUCUGUAAGACGGUGUCUGGUACCUCAUGGACUGCCAAAAGGUGUAAUGGUAUGCUCAUGAGGACAUGGCGUAUCAACUGGAUCCGUCCUCCAGGGGAUAGAAGUUGUAACUUCCAUCCUGCUAGUUUCUUCCUUACCUUGCCCACUAGGGCGUCAAAAUAGUGUAUGCGCCUACGGCCGAGGAAGAUAGGACAUCCUAGAUAGUCAAAAGGUAAGUGUCCACGAGAGAACCCUGUUAGGCCCUGGAUGCGUCGUAUGGUCCCUAUGGGAGUAGAAGGGGCUACUAUGAAGCUACUCUUCGAGGCAUUUACGAGUUGACCUGCAGCUCGCUCAUACCUCGAGAUAAUACUCAUGAGCCCUCUAAUGGAUGUCUCACCUCCAUUGAGGAAGAGUAUCGCAUCAUCAGCAAAGAGGGAGUGUGAAAUGAUCGGGCAACCCCUCUUCGAGUAGUAUGGUCGGAUAAGUCCUUGAUUGAUCGCUCGGGUGAGGGAUCGACUGAGGACUUCUUCAACUAAGAUGAAGAGGGUGGGUGAUAGUGGAUCGCCCUGUCGUAGACCUCUCGUGGCCGUGAAGAAUGGUGUGGAGCUACCGUUCACUAAUAAAGAGAAAUGAUUCUCCCUAACACAUGCAUCGACUAAGUCAAUGAAGUCGUCGGUGAACCCAAAGCAUCUAAGAACCUUAAUGAGGAAACUCCACUCUAUCCUAUCAAAGGCCUUCUCCAUGUCUAAUUUGAUGAUGAUGUUAGAGCCUCGACAAUCAUGGCCAAGGGACUGUGCUAGUUCAUGUACUAGCAUGAUGUUAUCGUGAAUGUACCGUCCCUUGACAAAUCCACAUUGUUCUGGAGAUAUAAGUCUAUCAAAGAAACUACUCAAUCUACGUGUAACGAUCUUAGAUACAACUUUAUAACACACGUUACACAAACUGAUAGGUCGAAAGUCUCUAAAUGAGGUUGGGGUAGUCACCUUCGAUAUAAGUGCAAGGAAGGUGGCCUUCCAACUUCGUGUAAAGAGUUUACGACGAAAGAUUUCCUUGAUGGCCUGGAUGAGAUCAGUGCCAACGAUAUCCCAACAUGA